AGAAAUACCUGUUUUCACAGGUAAGGGGUGGGGUCUGAGAUUGAGAACCUGUAUAAAUUGAAUGUCUCAAACUUAGACAAGCUACUUCAAGUUCCCAGCACCCUCCCAGACAGGUGCAAGAGCAGGUGCUGCUAUCGUAAAAGGCUGUGACUGGAUCAGUGCCUGCGUGACAACAAAAAGAGCAAUGGCGAGACAGAGCGCUGUGUCCUUUCUGCUCCUCUUGCUGGUGGCAGUUUCGUACCACAACAUGGCUAAAGCCAAGGAAACAACAGCCCGGGGUGCUAAACAUGAAGCCCCGAAAAGGGAAAAGAGAGUACCCCAAACUUUAUCUCGAGGCUGGGGAGAUCAGCUGAUCUGGGCUCAGACGUACGAAGAAGCUCUGUUCAAAAGCAAGACUGAAAACAAACCACUGAUGAUUAUUUUCCAUCUUGAUGAGUGCCCACAUAGUCAAGCUUUGAAGAAAGCGUUUGCUAACCACAAGAAAAUCCAAGAACUGUGUGAACAUUUUAUUUUGCUAAAUCUUAUGUUUGAAACUACAGACAAGCACCUUUCACCAGAUGGUCAGUACGUUCCCAGAGUGAUGUUUGUAGAUCCAUCUAUGACUGUAAGAGCAGAUCUCCCUGGAAAGUAUGGAAAUCGGCUAUAUGCUUAUGAACCACAAGAUACGGAUAUAUUGGAAGAAAAUAUGAUCAAAGCCUUAAAACUGUUGAAGACUGAAUUAUAAGGAAGCUAUGCAGAACUGUUUGACCUCUAAGAGGUUUUGCAAUUCCCUUGUAAUAUGUUGAUUUCAGUUCAUGGGCACAAAAACAUUUGCUGUUUAUCAUAUGAAUACCAUUUCUGCUGUUUUAGCAUUGGUACAAAUACAGAAACAAAUAACCUUGUAUGAAAUAUGCACUGCAAUGAACUGUACUUUCUGGACAGUUUGUGAACUGGGUGUGUUGUGUCCCUUGAACUUAUUGUAUUCUGAGUGCUUCCACCUUGAAUGCCAUGACUAUCUAAUAAAAGUUUGUCUGAGGGUGUUUUCA